AUGUCGACCGCUGCUCGUCGCCGUUUGAUGCGCGACUUCAAGCGCAUGCAAACCGAUCCUCCAGCCGGCGUUUCUGCAUCCCCUCUCCCCGACAACGUCAUGACCUGGAACGCUGUCAUCAUCGGCCCGGCCGACACCCCGUUCGAGGACGGCACGUUCCGACUUGUGAUGCACUUUGAGGAGCAGUAUCCGAAUAAGCCACCAUCGGUCAAGUUCCUCAGUCAGAUGUUUCACCCUAAUGUCUACGCCACCGGCGAGUUGUGCCUGGAUAUUCUCCAGAAUCGCUGGAGCCCUACGUACGAUGUUGCGGCCGUUCUCACUAGCAUUCAGAGCUUGCUGAACGACCCGAACACGAGCUCACCGGCAAACGUCGAGGCGUCUAAUUUGUACAAGGACAACCGCAAGGAGUACUUCAAGCGGGUGCGUGAGACCGUGGAGAAGAGCUGGGAAGACUAG